AGCAUCGUAGUUUUGCUAGACAGCCUUUCACUCGGGGUCACUACCACGCUGGGAAUAUCUCACGUACCGUAGAGCGCGUUCCCACAACACAGCUGCCAGCACGGAAUCCACUGUUGCGCUGUGCAAUAUUGAACACUGUCCAACGGCGAAGUCAGUCAUCGACUCACUCAAAACAUCAAAGGACGUCACAUAGUCUGACAAAUAAUGGAUACAGUAAAUGGCUGAGCUCGUUGCAAAUACUUCUCCCCCUCCCCGAAAAUUUGCAGUUUCAGCUACCAAGUAACCGCUUGCAGCGCAUCGGAAAAUGACCACAAGCGAAGUAACAGGAGGAAUAUGAUUAUAUAAAGUCACUAAAAUUAAUCUGAAACGGGCCACCAGUGAAAUACUUUUUGGAGUGAAGCGCGUUCUUCAGAAUGAUUGUGCAUCGAAGCAGUCCCGUAGCAUGCAUUCGCACGGGAAGGUACGGACACAAACGUUUCGACAACGAAGAACCAGUGGCAAAAUGUCCAAGGAUCAGCGAAUCCUCGGGUGACGCGGGUCUCUUAGGUACCUCGCCGGGAUCUCCAGUGAGCGGAACCCCGCUAAGCGCAACCUCAGCCCACCAGGGUCCAGCUCGCAUCGGACAGUUCUUACUUUUGCCGUUGGUGGACAGGGUAGGAGUGCACAGCGCUUGGGACAUCGACAACGGAGAGGAAUUGGUAUGCAAGGUGUUUGACAUGGGGCAAUACCAAGAGAAGAUCAGGGCUUACAGUAUGCUACUGAAGCACAGGAACAUUGCCCAAAUCAGAGACAUUGUCCUUGGGGAGCACAUGGCCUAUGUGUUCCAGGAGAGGGACUAUGGUGACAUGCACACCUUUGUGAAGCGCUGCAAGCAUGUGCCUGAGCACCAGGCUGCCAAGCUUUUCUACCAGGCAGCUUCAGCUGUCGCCCACUGCCACCAGGCUGGCAUCGUGCUGGGAGACCUCAAACUUCGCAAGUUUGUUUUCUCAGAUGAGAAGAGGACCCAUGUGAAACUGGAGGGUCUGGAGGACUGUCGGAUUUUGCCAGGAGAGGACGACUCUGUGACAGACACUCACGGCUGCCCUGCCUAUGUCAGCCCGGAGAUUCUGAGCGGCGGAGGCAGCUACUCGGGGAAGCAGGCAGAUGCCUGGAGCCUUGGGGUGAUGCUCUAUACCAUGCUCGUGGGGCGCUACCCCUUCCACGACUCAGACCCUGUUGCCCUCUUCUCGAAGAUCCGGCGGGGCACGUACUGCCUGCCCGAGGGGCUGUCCCUGCGGGCUCGCUGUCUGCUGCGCAGCCUCCUCCGGAGGGAGCCUGCUGAGAGGCUCAGUGCAACUGAUAUCCUCAUCCACCCCUGGUUUCAUGCUAGCAUACAGGAUGCUGAUGGCCCAGAGCAGGAAGUGGGCUUAACUGAGCAGAUGGUGCCUCAGGUCGAAGUAGAGGUGGAUGAGCAGCUAUUCUGCUGAUAACACCACACCACCACACCCCAGGGUAUGCACGUAGAGCACACCUGUUUUGAAUAUCCAUAUGGAUUUUUACUUUAAUUUAGACUCAGAGUACCUUACUGUCCAUGUUCUGAAGAGAAGCCUGGCCAGCGUGUGCCAGAGCAAUUUUGGUGCUAACAACCUGUUUCAUCAUACUGCAUAAGAUGAAGGUUAGGUAGAGAUGGGAAUUGGAGGCUGUCAUCAACAUGACAAGUGUGAUCCAAGUGCUGGGGCGGGGGGGCCACUGGCCUUGAACUAUGGUUCUAUUCAGACUCUGAAUCACUCAGUGACUGCAGCAGCACCAGAAGGGUGUGGUCUGAUUUUAAAGAAAAGACUGAUGGACUCUCCAAAUGACAUAUACAUUUUUGCACACGGCAUACACUGAUAAUAAUCAGGGUGACUGCUUGGCCUCAUAACUCUCAGAAAGGUGCCAAGCUGUACAGAAAUGUACAGAUUGGAAAGGCUGGACUAAGAGAAUGAGGAAGAGUGAAACAAGAGGCCAGUGUCAGACCUCUGAAGCUUUUGGGUCUUUACUGACAUCAAAACCCUUAUCUGAGCACUGCAUCUAAUAGUAUUGGAUUAAGAAUGGACAUUGCCAAUUUUGAAGUCUAAAAUAGAAGAUCUUAGUUAAAUCCAGUCAGUACAUAUGUAUACACUGCACAAUAGGAGUCUGUUUAAAAAGAUAAUACCAUUUUAUUUUGGAAUGUGAUUAAUGAUUGUCAGUGACCCAGUGCUCUAUUCUUUCUGGACAGAUUCCUGGUCCAGUUAGUCAGUGCAGUGUUUUCGUACUUGAAUCCUAUGAAGUUUCAUAAGUCACAGGGCUUUCAACAGUCUGACAAAACGAAGUCUAGUUGUGAGUAAGCUGUGCCGUGACUCAAUAGCUGGGUUUUUCAACAGAGAAGUGGAUUAGGACAGGAUUAGUCUGUAUGAUUGUAUGUAGGUUCUUUUUUGUUUUUUUUGUUUUUGUUUUUUUACUUUUAUUCUACUGUAAACCACAUCGAAGAACCCACACCAGCUCAGUUGAAAGUGUAGAACCAUGCUGUCAGAGGCUGUGAUGUUGCCUCCCACUCGGUUGCUAGAAGUUGUACUGUAUCUUAGAUCAGUGGCAAAGCAGCAGGAUAAUAAUAAACUGAGGUUGGCUGGAUAACCAAAUGUCUGCCUCAUGCAUGCAGCACAUUGAGAAUGCUGACACGGGUGCACAAAGUUCAUAUUGCACUGUGAAUUAUGUAUUUGUGACACAAGCUCAAGGCUAGACCAAAAGGGUCUAACAGAAAUUAUUCAUUAUAAAAUGAAAGCAUGUAAAUAUGUACAUUCUAUGUGUGUGUGUGAAGAUUGAAUAAAAAUAAAC